GCGAGAAAUGUCCACGACGCGGUUCGACGUCAAGGACGGCGACUUUGCCGCGUACCUGGUGGGGACAUGGAAGCGAACGCUGGAGUGGAGGAACUUUGGUUCGUCCUUCGGCCACCUUCGGACGACCAACAACGUCGUGGUCAUCGAGGAAGACACGACGGCAGCCAAACAACCAAACACCACGUUCCUAAAGUGGUCGUUUGGGCGCGGCUUGCGAAAGAACGAGCUCACCGUUGCAUACACGAUUCAAUUUAUUCCCGACAACAAGGGAACGUUCAUGGAGUGGAGCUUCGAAGGCGCCAUGUGCCAUGGCUUGUUCAAACCGGAAGCGAGCGUCGCAAUCUUCAACUUUUGCUUGCACGAGUCGAUGGUGACGAUCACGUAUCGCAUACUGGAUGCGAACACCAUGGCGGUGUGCAUCGUCGACGUCGAUAGCGACCACACGCCGACGAUCCAAUACGGCAACAUGUAUCGCAUCGACCCUGCAAAAUAUCGCGCCGACGACGCUUCAGUUGACGAGAUUUGAACAACUAACAUGACUCGCCCUGAUGAUCAGGUGUUGCUCGCAUUCCCGCCAGCACGUCCUAGAACUAUACACCACGCGCUCUCUGCCGGUCUUCUCUUCCGUUCUAGCAUCCCGUUCUUGCGCCAGAUCAAGUGUGCACGCGUUGGGCAGAGAAAUGCAGCGAUCUACAGCCAAGGCCGUGGGUCGCAUGCACGGCCGUUACGAAGACAAAGUCUGAUGCACGUGUUGUGCCCUUCGAUGAUAGUCUGGCCGUGCGAAGGAUGCAUCUUGGCAGCGCGAACGUCUCCCGCUGCGGCGGCAUCACGUUCGUGGCGACAGGGUGCUGCUGGAAUGGAACCCACCAAAGUUUGGGCGUUGAGCAGGGGAGUUCCUCUUUACUCCAUAACCUCCAGAAACAAAUGCAAGGAAAUUCUG